AUGUGCUCUGAUGCGACGCGCAACUCUGCUACGGUCUGCAGUUUCCCAAAUUGCAGACGGGCCGUGUGGCAGGACCCAGACGGUUCUUACUCGUCGUACUGCGGAAGAGGGCAUCGGGAUGCGAUGGCGCAGGUCAAUACAAAUAACCAAGCACAGCUAUGCAAGGCCUGUAGUAUUCUCUUCUUUGCGGCUGUCACUUGCGCCCGGUUUAUGUCGAAAAUGGCCAUGCUCAUGGAUUCUGUGGCAUUCGCUGUGCCACUGCUUAUAAGGAUGGGCAGCAACCAUCCACACCUACACAAUCACCUCCUCAGUCACUCGUUUGUGCAUUGUUCGGUUGCAACAAGCCAGUUUGGGUUGGACAGAACCAGACACCGAGCAGUUACUGCGGAAAUCCUCAUCGAAUUGAUGCAGUCAAGAGAGGCGAAGCUGAGUCUUGUCUAUUCUCUAGUCAAUGGCAAGACAAGCGAGUUUUGUUCUAGGAAAUGCGGUCAGAUCACGAUCGCCGGCGCACCGAAAAUACUGGAGGUCAGCAAUAAGCAUGAUGCAUUCAAUGAAGUAUCAACGCAGUUCCUACAAGGAUGGCGACAUCCUACCUCGAAGCCAACUGUCGUAAAAAUCUGGAAGAUAUUCAGCGACAAGGAUCACAAUGACCGGUUCGCGCGUUACAGGCUCGCAGUUGAACGACGUAUUGGCAAGGAAGGAGGCAAUAGCCUACGGCGUUGGCAUGGUACUAUCCGUGCAUGCAGGCUUGGCGAUGACGAGACACAAUUGAGAGGGGAUGGUGACAGCGCUUUGUUUGUGCAGUCGUCGUUCGAGAUUGCGAAGUUUGGUAAGCGCACAAACUUUGGGCGAUUCGGAGAGGGAAUAUAUACGUCCGCGACGUCAUCUAAGGCGAACGACUAUGUCGCUGAAGGAGGGGGGUCAUCGUAUAGGGCGAUGCUUCUCAACGACGUCGUCAUGGGCAAAACGAUCAAGCUCACUGCUGACAAUCCGAAUUUGAAAGAGCCUCCGCAAGGGUAUGACUCGGUUGUUGGUGAACCUGGAGGAAGCCUGAACUAUGACGAAAGCAUUGGUGACGCGGGAUCCGACAGAAAGCUUGGGUAUCGGAGUGUCUUGGGUUGUUGUCCAUUACCUGCGUCCAUUGAAUUCUCGUUGGCUACCCGCUUGAUACAGACUGGCCGAGACUCGGAGAUACACUUUGUCUUGUGGCCUUCUUCGGAUACGCAAACACAGCCCUUUCGCUAUUAUAUCGACAUGCGCCUCAGUGAAGACGUCCUCUCCAUCAUCGUCACUCUCCUACCAGCUGGAAAUGCUCGUGCCUUGUUGACCCUGUCGAAAUGCUUGCACGACAUCGCCUUGCCCCAGGCCGUAUCUUCAAUUUGCGUCUCCAAGGCGGAUAAUCUGGUCGCUAUGUGUCAAUACUUCGCAGGAAAUUCCCGACAUGAUCACAUCCGUACUCUGGAGAUCCAAAGUGGUGCAUUAGUUCAGGAGCACGUUGAGGCCAAAAAUGCUUAUAAUCGCGCCCAAGUCAUGGAAUGCCUCCACGAAUUCUUUCAGAAAGCAACUAACGUGACGAGAUUGACGCUAGGAAGCGCGGAACUGAUUUUCCAUGAUGGAUGCAAAUCGCAGAUCGGACACGCCAUAGCUAGCUUGCGCUACCUCUCGACGCUCUCGCUUCUGGACGUAGGGCCACAAACGAUUUCUACGCUCAACGAAUUGCCACUCACCAUCAAGGCGCUCGAGAUGUCCGCACCGGAACCGUUCUACACCUACGGCGACUGGAGUUGGAUCCGCGAUCUCAAACCCAUUCCGAGUGUCCAGCGCCUGAGACUCACGCAUUUCUUCGUGCUGAGUUUCACUUCCCUGACGCCGGUCUCUGGCUGUGCAUGGCCAAAUGCCCUCUGCCUUGAGAUUGGAGAAAACCGUGUUCCUUGCUCUGUCUAUCCGCGGUUCUUUCCAAAUGCUCGUUGCUUUCAUCUGGGACAUAGCGGCAUCGAAUGUUUGGGCGAGCACAAGGAAGCCGACAAGUGGCGUAACAUGGGACGAAUCACUACAUCGCUGGAGCAGAUCUAUGAAUGGGAUAUCUCCGAGCGUACGCAGCUAGUUGAAUUUGUCGACAAAGCCGGUUGCGGAGCAAAAUGGCUUCAGGAUAUGUCUUCAAUUGUUGGGCGGCUAUCGCCUGUGGUUCUGCGCGUAACGAUAUCUUCUCCAGAAGAAUUGUUCUGUCGACAAGGCAUCCCUGUGCAACCCUCGAAGUUCUGGGCUCAAAUAUUUGCUUAUGGUCCUAGAUUAAAGAGUAUUGAGCUGGUUCUCGCCGAGGGAUGCGGGCGUAUCCAAGAGUAUCAAGAUCAUUCGUGCAGUCUGAGCCGGGACGAUUGUUGGCAGCUGAUUCGGGCGGCUUGUGUGCCUUCCCCAAGAUUCCUCAUCCACGGAGUCUGA